AUGGAACCAACAAGAGCAACAGACGUCAAAGAGACAAUUGACAUUCUCUAUGAAAUGGCCAACAUGCUGAAUACAGGUCUUGACAGAGAAACAGUGAGCUUAUGCGUCUCUUUGUGUGAGCGAGGCGUCAAUCCAGAAGCACUUGCCACUGUGAUCAGAGAACUGAAAGAGCUUGAAAGCAGCCAAGCAUCCGCAGCAACUACAUCAUCCUCAAGACACUAA